CUUGACUGUUCAUCGAUAUCUUUACUCAAUCAAGAUGAUUAGAAUACAAUUACUACUCUGCUUGUUAAUAGCAGGCUUUGUGUCUGCUAACAUUGAGCAAGUCCGCUUCUUUGCGCCAUUCUCGACUGCUCCUCCUACUGAAUCCGACGAAUGGGCGCGGUCGAUACCCGCGACCGUCGAACUGUUGUCGAUGGAGAGUCCUUCGGCAAUUAAGACGGUCGCUCCUCAAUUCCCAGAUAGAGAGGAUGUGCGGUAUAUGACGGAGGAGUAUUACUAUCUGACGGAUAUUGUCAAGGGAUCGUUUUAUGAGUUUCGGGUGUGCUGGCCUGCGAAUUACCCGUUAGACUUGGAAGUUGGAGUGGUAAAGGCUUCAGAACUGGACGAGAGCUCGCCGCUGUAUGUUCCGGCCGAGACCGCGAACGUGAUGUACGCGUAUAUCAAGUACUCUGCUCAUUACUAUUCCCAUCAUAAGGAGCUGAUGGAGCAUCCUAUUCCCGCGCCGUUUGAAUUGAUUCUUUCGAAAUGCACUUUCUUAGUGGUUCUCGGCGACUCCGUCGUGAUGCAGAGCUUGCUUGUGAUUUUAGGCAUUCUAGGAUGGAAGGUCACGUCGCUAUGGUACUACCGAAUGUUACGACAGAUCUCAACGCUCGACUACUUGGCCAAGGAUGCUGACAAGAAAGAAUGAUGUCGAUGAGAGGAUGUCGCUGACGCCGGCGAUUGAAAACUACGAUAUGAAGCGCAAUGAGCGUAGACACUGAAAAGGAGUUUGGGAAUUGCUAAUGUAUAAUACAAUGUACACCAAGAAUGAUAGAAAGACUGUAUA